AAUAACUUUAGCAAGUUCGAGAACUACCAGUGGUGAUAUUUGAGGAUCCUUUCAAGCUUAUCUACACACUAUCUUAGCUGUCAAGAGAAUGUCAGGGAACCCUAAGACAGAGCAUCUGUUCAAAGUGCUUGUUAUUGGAGAUCUGGGAGUGGGAAAGACUAGUUUUAUUAAGAGAUAUGUCCACCAGUUCUUCAGUGUCCACUACCGGGCUACUAUAGGGGUAGACUUUGCACUGAAAGUUAUAAACUGGGAUGAAGACACACUAAUCAGACUGCAGUUGUGGGACAUUGCGGGACAAGAGAGAUUUGGAAACAUGACCAGGGUAUACUACAAGGAAGCAGUAGCUGCUAUGAUAGUGUUCGACUGUACCAGACAAUCCACAUUCGACGCAGUGCUGACGUGGAAAAACGACCUGGACAGUAAAGUGUUGUUACCAAAUGGAGAACCUGUCCCCUGUCUUCUGCUCAGUAACAAGUGCGACGAGCCUAAAGACGGGAAUCUCUCAAAUCCUUCUUUUCUUGACAGUUUCUGCAAACAGGAGGGUUUUAUAGGCUGGUUCGAUACAUCCGCUAAACACAAUAUCAACGUGUCAGAGUCCGCCACCUUCUUAGUUAAACACAUAUUGGAGACGACAGAAUCCAUGAACCUACAAUCUCCUCGCACAGAUUCCGCGCUGAAAGUGGCAAAUGGCCACGGAAAUGGGCAUGUAAAAGAAAAGAGCUCCAGUUGCUGCAGUUAGAAAGAAAGAGAGAGACGAGGUUAUAAAGCCAGUGACUCCGAGUGAAAAACCACACAACUUCCUCCUGUAAUCCUGAUCUUAAUGUCACACCUGCUCUCCCAAUCCGAUGUGUUGGAAUAAUUUACAUUGAUUCGUGUUCUGUACCCACGUGUUUUACCACGUGUCUAUGACAGUGCCGACGUGUUUUACCACGUGUCUAUGACAGUGACCACGUGUUUUACCACGUGUCUAUGACAGUGCCCACGCGAUACCCAGCAAAUGGUGUGGACACCGCUCAGAUACUGUUAUCUCGGGUACUCUGAGCAUGCGAAGAUUGAGAUAAACAGUUAUAAUAGAUUUGUUAGGAAUUAUAUUUGUUUGUUAAAUGUUAAUGCCCAGUACAUAAUAUUACAUCACGCGAGAUUGUUAUUUCGGUUUACAAAUUUUCCAUCCACUAUUUUUAGACUGACAAAACAUGUUUUUAAACUAAAGAGGAAUAAUAAAAAUAUAAAUAAUUAAAUUAAAAUACCAAUUCCUCGAGUACAGUGAUUGAGGUUAAAAAUUAAAAUUUGGCGACUUACUUUUUUAAUCUACUACUACAAUACUACUCCGGUGGUGGUUAAAAAUAAAAAUCUUCCAUUUUAAGAUGUAUUUUAUUCGUGCAGUUAUUUUUAUGAUUUAUAUGUGUUUGAUUUCAGAUUUCAUUCAUUAAAUAUUAUAUAAUAC